AUGCUCCAUUGUGAUGGCUCCUUGAAUGGAGAUAGAGCUGCUUAUGGGGGUCUUAUUCGUAAUACCACAGGAGAUCCGGUCCUGGAUUAUAUGGGUAAAGGUGUGGAAACUUCUAUUCUUAGGAUGGAGUUGUUAGCCAUUCACAGAGGGGUGGCACUAUGCUUAGAGAGGAAUCUUCGACAUGUGUCAAUCAGAUCUGAUUCGAAGUUGGCAGUGGAGAUUAUUACAGGUGUGUUCAGCUGCCCUUGGAAUGUAUAUGUGUUGAAGAACCAGAUCAGCCCUAGUUUGAACCAGUUGGCUCGCUAUGAAGUGAGGCAUGUUUGGAGGGAGUUGAACCAGCCGGCAGAUUAUAUUGCUUCCAUUGGUUGUGAGGGUGGGGAAACAAUUCUGUAUCCUCCUGAGUUCCAGGAUGACCUGAUGCGGAUGAUCCAUGAUGAUACUUCAG